AUGGAUUUUGUGAUUUGUUUGAAUUGUCAAUCAGAUGUUAGAGGUCCCAUAUGUAAUGGUAAUUUCCUGUAUAAGCUAUAUUUCUAGAAUUAUCUUUAGGAUGCAAGGAGCCUGUUUUCGAAACAUUUAUUGAAGCUAAAGGCAAAGCGUAUCAUUUCGAAUGCUUGCUUUGUAGUAGAUGUUGUCAACCAUUUCCAGGUAGGUUUGUAAACAUAGCUAAUUUUUUUUGUAUGGUAUAAAUUAAUACGUGUUUUUAGGCGGUGAGUUUUACGAAAUGAAUGGUGCAUUGUACGACGGAAAUUGUUAUUGGGCAGCAAGACUGGUGCUUGAACUUGAUAUGGAAGCUAACUGUAACAGAAAUCCAGCGAUAAAUUGUAUCUCCUCACCGAGUACAACACUACCUCAUCGUCAGUCGUAA